ACUCCCAUAAAAAAAAAAAACUUUCCGCACAUAAAUAGAUGCGUGAAUAAGAUCAGAUCGUGCACCAGACCCACAUUAUAACUUUGUCUUCUUGUCUCUCCUGCUAAGCGCCUCAACGAUGUCGGCACGCAGGCUUGAGGGCAAAAUCGUAAUAAUCACCGGCGGAGCGAGCGGGAUAGGCGCCGAGGCGGCAAGGCUGUUCGCGGAGCAUGGAGCUCGGGUCGUGGUCGUCGACGUACAGGAUGAACUUGGCCGAGAGCUGGCCGUCUCGAUCGGAGAAGACCGAGCCACUUACUACCACUGCGACGUCAGAGACGAGACUCAGGUCGAAAACGCCGUUAACUUCACCGUCCAAAAGCACGGCAAGCUCGACGUCCUUUUCAGCAAUGCCGGCGUCAUCGAGUCUCCGGUGAGCAUCCUCGACUUAAACCUCGACGAUCUUGACAGGACCAUUGCCGUCAACCUCCGCGGCUCGGCCGCAACCAUUAAGCACGCGGCUCGCGCCAUGGUUGCGAUGGGCACUCGCGGCUCGAUCGUUUGCACGACGAGCGUCGCGGCCGAGAUCGGGGGAACGGGCCCGCAUGGCUACACCGCGUCGAAGCACGCGCUUCUCGGGCUGGUGAAGUCGGCGUCGGGAGAGUUGGGGAAGCACGGGAUCAGAGUUAACGGCGUCGCGCCGUACGGAGUGGCAACGCCGUUAGUUUGUAACGCCUUCGGGUUGGAGCCGGAGCAGGUGGAAGAGAACAGCUGCGCGUCGGCGAAUCUAAAGGGCGUGGUGUUGAAGGCACGCCACGUGGCGGAGGCAGCUUUGUUUCUGGCCUCCGACGAGUCUGUUUACGUCAGUGGCCACAACUUGGCAAUCGACGGCGGUUUUAUAGCCGUCAAACAGUAGCUCCGCCGCCGUACAGAACCAAAUAAAAAGUUUUUUUUUAGGAACUUUUUAUAUUAUAUUUUAAUAUGAGGGUUUUGAUUUUUAUAUGAUAUAUAAAAAUAUAAUUUUAUAAGAGUCGAUAACUUGGGUGCAAGAGGGGGCUUUCCCAUGUGCAUUUUCUUGGAACGUGAGAUGUUGUAUUCUUCCAUGGAAACAUCCAUAUAUACAGCGAUAAUCUAAACAAUUCUUAACGUUGAUGAAUUAACAGAUCGUUCUGA